AUGAGGAUAACAUCGUUCAAUGUUAACGGGAUCCGCUCCUUCAGUAAGUAUAUAAUGAAGAGCCACAGGCUGAGGUUCAAUGAUUAUGUCAAGGAAACUCUCAAGGCAGACAUUCUAUGUGUUCAAGAAACCAGAGGAAACAAGAAUGCCUUGAAUGAGUUCCACUCUCUCAAGGACUACAUCACAUUUACAAGUACAAACAAGAGAAAUAGUGGAAGGUCGGGUGUUUCAACAAUUGUAUCAAAAAAACUGUAUUGUCGAGGGAUCCUCCCCUCGCCAUUUUCGGAAGAAGGGAGAUCGUUGCUAACCGACCACGGGGAUUACAAGGUCCUGAACCUGUAUUUCCCCUUUUUCGACGAGAAUUCCGGGAAGGAUAAAUCCGAAGUGAUUAAGUUUUAUAAUGAAGUUGGGAGGUUUAUUAGGAUGCAUGAAAACAUGGUUAUCUGCGGGGACUUUAAUGCAGUAUAUUCGAUUGUGGACCAUUACCAAUUCUACAAUGAACUUCUACGUAUACAACGCAUGGGGAGGACGGGAUGGACGAAGGAAACAAGACGAAUGAAGAAAUGCCCGUCCAAGACCGAGCUUCCUUAUGAAUUUUGCAGUGAAGAUGCAUUAGAAGCCUAUUUCUUUGAAGUACAACAAAGAAAGUGGCUAAAGAAUCUAGUGGACUCGGGGGAGUAUAUAGAUACUUACAGGAUUCUGCAUACAAGGCCUGAGUCGUACACAUGCUGGAACACCAUGCUUAACCUGCGCCCUCGCAACUUGGGUACGAGAAUAGACUACAUUCUUAUUCCAUCGGGUUUCUUCUACAAGCUCAAGGAUUGCGAUAUACAACCUAAGAUCUACGGAAGCGACCAUUGCCCAGUGUACGCAGAGAUGGAUUUUAAGAUCACAGACGAUGGAAAUAACAUCCUAGACAAAAGAAAAAACAACAUACUUGAUUUCUUUGGGUCCUGA